ACAAAAUCUAGUACAGAGCAGAACAAAAGAGGAGUGUCGAAUGGAACUGAUAACGCGGGAGAAGAAUGAAGAUGGAUAGGGUUUGGUUUUCUACUUCUCAACCUUCUUUCAUUCCAUGACAACAACGUUAGUUCACAAUCACAAUCACAAUCACCAUCACAACAACGUUAGUUUCUCUUCGCUGUUUCCGAGGUCGGUCAUUUUCCUCUUCCUCUUCCUCUUCACUGUUUAAGCAACACUACUUGAAUCUGUGAUGCUGCGUAGAAGUGCUGUAAUGGCCACCAGAUUCACCCCCAUCUUCUCUUCCUUCACCAAACCCCAUUUCCCACGUCUUUGGAAUUGGAAUUUGAACUCUCACACUGCCAAACACACCACAAAAAUCACUACCAUGAGCACUUUAUCCCCAACACCCAAGUCACAGGAUGAGAAUUUCUCCCUUUCCCGAGCCAAAUCCAUUAGGCAUUCAAUCAAAGCAAAGAGAAAAGCUGCUCGUGAAUCUCCUGAGGGGGUUUUGCAGCAGAAGCUUAACCGGUGUUCUAAGGCUGGGGAUGUUGCUCAAGCACUUGAGCUCUACGACGAGGCGCGGAAGAUGGGGGUUGUUCUUAAUAUUGAUCAUUAUAAUAAGAUGUUGUACUUGUGUUCUAUUCCGCAUUCGGAUUCGAUGGAUAGUGGGCAAGUGGGUUUGGAGAGGGGGUUUGAGAUAUUUCAGCAGAUGAUGAGGGAGAAAGUGAAGCCAAAUGAGGCGACGUUUACUAAUGCGGCUAGGCUUGCUGCUGCUAAGGAAGAUCCCCAGAUGGCUUUUGAGUUGCUGAAGCAAAUGAAGGAUGUUGGUAUUGCGCCUAAGCUGAGAUCGUACGGGCCUGCUUUGUUUGGGUUUUGCAAGAGGGGGGAGUUUGAGAAAGCUUGUGAGGUUGACGCGGACAUGAUUGAGUCCGGUCUCGUAGCGGAAGAGCCUGAGCUUUCUGCUCUCUUGGAGGUCAGUGUCAGUGCGAAGAAGGAGGAUAAGGUGUAUGAGAUAUUGCAUCGGUUGCGUGCUACGGUGAGGCAGGUGUCUGAGUCAAGUUUGCAGAUAAUUGAGGACUGGUUUAACUCUGAGUAUGCAAUGAAAGUUGGGGAGGAGAACUGGGAUGCUGACAAGGUAAGAGAUGGGAUUGUGCGGGGAGGUGGAGGGUGGCAUGGACAAGGGUGGCUUGGGAGCGGGCAGUGGAAGGUGGUGAAGACUCAUGUCAAUGAGGAUGGAAUGUGUCUCUCGUGCGGCGAGAAGCUUGUGAGCAUUGAUUUAGAUCCCAAAGAGACUGAAAACUUUGCUACCUCAUUAUCUAAAUUGGCAUGCCAAAGAGAAACUCAGUCAAACUUCAAUAAUUUUCAGAAAUGGCUUAAGCAGCAUGGCCCGUUCGAUGCUGUUGUAGAUGGUGCCAAUGUAGGCCUUGCAAACCAGCAUAAUUUCAGUUUUUCACAGCUUAAUAAUGUUGUUAAACAAUUACGUCAAAUUAGCCCUUCGAAGAGAUUGCCACUCAUUAUUUUGCAUGUAAGUCGGGUAACUGGCGGUCCAGCUCAAAAUCCAAAUAACAAGAGACUUCUAGAACAUUGGAGAGAGAAUGGCGCUCUUUAUGCUACACCUCAAGGUUCAAAUGAUGACUGGUUCUGGUUAUACGCUGCUGUUAGUUGUAAAUGCUUACUGUUGACAAAUGACGAGAUGAGAGAUCACUUAUUCCAACUACUGGGUUCUAAUUUUUUCCCGAGAUGGAAGGAAAAGCACCAGAUUCGAGUAUCAGCCUCAGCUGGCAGAGUUUCCCUAGUUAUGCCUCCUCGUUAUUCAAUCGUUAUUCAGGAAUCAGCCAAUGGUAGCUGGCAUGUGCCAACUGUGACCAGUGAUGACGAUCAUGAGAUCCCAAGGAAAUGGUUGUGUGCCACUAGAUCCAGCAACAAAUCUUUACAUAAUCUAUGGACAUCAUCUAUCUCCACGUCCGAGGCGGGGAAGGGAGUGUUUUGAUCUUGUUAGAUUGUUUUCAGUAGUCAUCCAAGAUUUUUCUCUUAUCUUGAGUUACAGUUGUGUGCAGCUGUGAUGAAUGCAAGACAUAGGCAACAUACGCUUUCAUUUCCUUCUCCUUCAUUUUGGAAUUUCUCUAGAUUUUCCUUAACAUAUGAUAUAAGGCUGCCAAUAGUCAGAAUGAGCAAAAUGAUUUUUGAUGGUUCAGGCAAGUUUAAGAAGUAUGGAUCAGAGGACUGGUGAGAGUAUCUCAUUAGGGAAACCAACUGGUCCCAUGUAUUCUGCCCUUGAGCCUUAUAGCAUGUUUGAGUCAACUUAUUUUUUCUCGGAAUCAAUUCUGGCACCCAGAAGCUACUCACAGAAGCUUCUUUGCAGAAUUGAUUUUGACUUUAGAAUCAAUUUUUGUAAGAUUUCUAAACAUGCUAUUAGUUACAAAAAGGAAAGAUAAUUACAUUGUUGUGCUAUUGUGCUACCAUACAUUUCCUCAGAAUAUGCAGUUAGAUUUAGUGUAAUUGAUGACUAUUAUUUGAUC